UAUGAACAUCCAAGAUUAUUCAAAAGCUUGGCAAGUAGCUUUCUCCUUUCUCUUUUGCAGCUGGGGUUGUGCUUCUCGGCAGAUAUAUUAUUCUGUUGCAGAAGAAUCAGAUGCAGGGACUGUUGUGGGCAAUGUAGCUCAGGAUCUGGGCUUAGACCAGACAGCUAUUAGUAAACGGAGAUUACAUGUGGCAUCUGAAGGAAAUAGCAGAUUUUUUUCUAUUGACCAGAAAAAUGGAGCUCUAAUCAUACUGGAAAGGAUAGAUAGGGAGAGCCUGUGUGGAUCUGCUUCAAGCUGUGUACUGCGUUUAGAGCUGGUAGCAGAAAACCCACUGGAACUGUUUAGCUUGGAAAUCCAAAUAUUAGAUAUAAAUGAUAAUGCUCCAACAUUUCCAGUUGCUAACCAGAUAAUAAAAAUUAUAGAACAGGGUUCUAGUCCUGGUACUCACAUACCUUUAGAAACAGCACAUGACCCAGACCUGGGUGUUAACCGGGUAGCUCAAUACAGAUUAAAUAAAAAUCCAUAUUUUUCUUUAUCUGUCACUAACCAGAAAGAUGGCAAUCUCUUUCCCAAACUAGUGUUAGAAAAAAUUCUAGACAGGGAAGAGAAAAAAGAACACAUUCUUACUCUUACUGCCAUUGAUGGAGGAGAAAAUCCUCAGUCAGGGACAUCCCAGAUUACUGUUCUAAUAUUUGAUAUUAAUGAUAAUGCACCAGUCUUUGAUCAAUCGAUUUAUAAAAUCAGUAUACUUGAAAAUCUCUCAUUAAAAACCCUGAUUUUAUAUUUGAAUGCAACAGACCUGGAUGAAGGGAUCAAUGGAGAAAUUGAGUAUUCAUUCCAUCACAACACUCUAGAGGCAGCAAAGAAGGUAUUCAGUUUAAAUGCACAGACAGGAGAAAUAUUGAAUAAAGGCAUUGUGGAUUUUGAAGUGGCAAAUGUGUAUGAAUUAUCUGUCAGGGCAAUAGAUAAAGGUAUUCCAGAAUUAGAAGGGCGUUGUAUUGUUCAGAUUGAAGUUGUGGAUGUAAAUGAUAAUGCUCCAGAAAUAAAAUUUACUCCUAAGGUUAAUGAGGUCCCUGAAAGUGCCCCAGUAGGGACUGUUGUUGGAUUUAUUACAGUGAAAGACAGGGAUUCUGGUAAAAAUGGGGAAGUAAAACUGGAAACAUCACCAGAUUUACCCUUUAAAUGUCAACCUAUAUCAAAUUAUUAUACACUGGUCACUAGCGGACCGCUAGACAGGGAGAAAGUCUCACAAUAUACCAUUACACUGAUCGCUUCUGAUCUGGGCUCUCCAUCUUUAAGCAGCCAGGCUACAAUCAUUAUUAACAUUGCUGAUGUUAAUGAUAAUUCUCCAACAUUUCCACAGUUUGCUUACAAUGUCCUCAUAUCAGAAAACAAUGAGCCUGGCAGACUGUUGUGUACAGUAUCUGCUGGAGAUCCAGAUGAGAGAGAUAAUGCAAAGCUCAUUUACUCCUUAGCAGAGAGCCACAUAGAUGGCUCUCCUGUUUCUUCAUUUGUCUAUAUUAACUCUGACACUGGUAAUAUUUAUGCCCAGCGAUCUUUUGACUAUGAACAAUUCCAAGUUCUACAGAUCACUGCGAGAGUAGAAGAUUUUGGAACCCCAAAGUUGUUUUCCAAUGUGUCAGUCUUCAUAUUUAUUCAGGAUACAAACGACAAUUAUCCCUCUAUAUUGUACCCAGAGAACUCAGGGGAAGCCUUUGCACAAGAGACCAUUCCCAGAUCUGUAUCUGCUGGCUAUUUAGUCAGUAAAGUAUCUGCUGUGGAUCUGGAUUCUGGGCACAAUGCCUGGCUCACCUAUAGUCUUGUUCAGUCGGGCAGUCCAGCUUUGUUUCACAUCUCCGAAUAUACAGGAGAAGUCAGAACUCUGCGCGGAUUACAGGAGACGGAUAACACAGAAUAUCGACUUGUCAUUUCAGUCAGUGACCAUGGGGAGCCUUUACUGUCCUCUACAGUCUCUCUAAUUGUAAAUAUAAUGGAGAAUAUGGUACAAGAAAGUCCAAAAACUCCUGAAUUUUUUGCAAACUCCAAAUCAACCUCAGAUAUUACCUUGUAUCUCAUUGUUUCUCUUGUAGCCAUUAGCUUGGUUUCCCUGGUUACUUUUAUAAUCCUAAUUGUAAAGUGCCUUAGAAAGGACCAAUACAACAGCAGUUGUGAAUUCUGUUUCUCGAGCAAUUCAUACUCCCAUAGCUAUGCAGAUCAGUAUAAACCUACACUUUACCUGAACACAGAUGGCACAUUGAAGUACAUGGAAGUAAGGAUGGCUCCACCAGAAACACAAGGUCCAUGUUAUCCAGCUUGUUUCCCAUCCACAGCAAUACAUGAUUUAUCAUUCCAAAGAAAUGGAAACUUUUCACACCAUAAUGAUUUGCUAAAUGAGACUAAGUCACUUUCUGAAUCCAACUGUGUGAUGACACCAAAUCAGGUGAGAUAA